AUGGCGACAGGGGAUGCACUGCGCCUCGGCGUGAUUGCUGCCGUUGUUCUCUUGGUUGUGUACAUCCUGCAGCCGUCGCCGUGGACAGUUCUCGCCGUUGUGUGCAGUGCCACCAUCGCCGGCGUUCUUCUCGGGGGGCUCGUGUUGUGGAUUAUCUGCGGACUUUUGAACUUUUUACACGAGAUCGCAAGCGCAUUCUGCCUGCCAUUGCGUGCCGCGCGUGAUGCACUGCGUGCAGCACGUGAAGCACCACCAGUCCAAUGCAUUGUUUGCUUGAAGCAGGUCGAGUCGGCUGCUGGCAACGCGACCUGCGACCAUUGUUCCAUGACGUGCUGCGGCCCGUGCAUUGAAACGUACCUUCGCACCAAAAUCACCCACGAUCGCCAGGCCCACUUGCCAUGCCCGUCGUGUCCAGUUGCACUGAGUGAUGGAACGCUCCAGCGCUUCUUAAGCCCGUACUUGACUGGCAAGUUGCGCGAGCUAGAAAAGACCCAAGGCAAGUGCCCCAAGUGUCGGGGGUGUAAAUGCACUCCUAACGUAUAUUCGAGGCGGCGCUUGACCUGCACCCAGUGCACGUUCUCAUGGUGCAUCAAGUGCAGCCAGUCGUUUCAUUACUUUGCCACGAACGGAUGCAAGGCGAGCUCGUUUCGAAUGCCGCGUCAACCGAAAGAGGCGCAACAGCAACUACCAACCUGUGACGCUCCUCCGCCACCAGUUGAAUGCGUUGUUUGCUUGGAUGUAGUCGAGGCUGCUGGCUGCGCGACAUGCGAUCGGUGUCCCAUGCAGUGCUGUGGUCCGUGCCUGGAAACGUACCUCAGCAUGAAAAUCUCCCAAGACCGAACGGCUCACCUGCCUUGUCCAUCGUGUGGAGCUGCCCUCCGUGCUGAAAUCCUCGAGCGAUUCCUAAGCCCGUCCAUGGCUGCCAGUGUACGCGAACUCGAGCAGAACUCGUUCAAGUGCCCCAAGUGCAAGGAACAAGAAUUCACCAGCACGUGGUACUCGCAGCGGCGGUUGACGUGCAUCCAGUGCACAUCCUCGUGGUGCAUCGACUGCAGUCAGACGUACCACUACUUUGCCACGACACGUUGUUCUGACAGCACGUUUCGAAAGUGGCGCGCCAAGAACAGCGUGAAAUCUUGUCCACGAUGCAAGCGCUUCAUUGAGAAGAACGGUGGGUGCAACCACAUGACGUGCACCCAGUGCAGGUUUGAAUUUUGCUGGAGUUGCAUGGAUAAAUGGAGGGCUCGCCACACGUGCAAGAGCUGGUUUGCAUGA